AAAUAGAAUAUAGAAGAAAAAAAAGAGCGCAUGAUGAACAAACCAAACCCCCUGAAGAAACACGUUGAUUCGGAGUUGUGAUUUCUGUGCACCUUCCACUCUUCUCAAACUGACUUUUCUUAACGCGAUUUUGCAACCUUCCUCUUCUGCAUAACCAAUACCAACUUCUUUCUUUAUUCAAAACCCUUUCACGAUUCCUUAUCAGUCAUUUUGCUUCGGUUCUCUCGCUCUUUCUGAUUCUUCCUCCAGAAAAUGUUCAAUUCAAAGAAAUCUCCUAUGAAAGUUGGAAAACCUAGCUCCGUUGCUCCCGCCAACAUUAAAUCUUGGUCAAACCCGUUUGAUUCUGAUGAUGAGGAAAAGGACAAUAGAAAGUAUAAUUCCUCGAAGAAGACUUCUUCGCAACGACCACUAGUUACACUAGAAGUUAACACAAACCCAUUUGAUGACAUUGAUGACAAUAAGCAUUCUUCAUCUUCAUCGUCAUCGUCUUCAUACGUCCGUCAAUCAGCAGACCGGAACAGGUAUAAGAAUAACUUUCGUGAUUCUGGUGGAUUAGAGAAUCAAUCUGUACAGGAGUUGGAGAAUUAUGCUGUUCACAAGGCUGAGGAGGCUACGAAUUCAAUCCACAAUUGUUUGAAGAUAGCAGAGACCAUAAGAGAGAAUGCUACCAAGACUUUAGUCACCCUUCACCAACAAGGUGACCAAAUUACCAGGAGUCACCAAGUUGCUGCUGACAUUGAACAAGAUUUAAGUCGGGGAGAAAAGCUUUUGGGGAGCCUUGGUGGCCUCUUCUCCAGAACUUGGAAACCGAAAAAGACACGUACAAUAACAGGCCCUGUUAUUUUUGGAGAUGAUCCGGUUAGAAGAAAGGGAAAUCACUUGGAACAAAGAGAGAAGUUGGGAUUGACUUCUGAAUCCAAAGGGCACUCCAAGCUGCGGACUCCACCUCAGGAACCAACAACCGCACUUGAAAAAGUUGAGUUUGAAAAAGGGAAGCAAGACGAUGCACUGUCGGAUCUCAGUGAUCUAUUGGGAGAGCUUAAAGAUAUGGCUGUUGACAUGGGAUCCGAAAUUGAGAGGCAUAACAAAGCCUUGAAUCAUCUAGACAAUGAUGUGGAUGAGUUGAAUUUCCGAGUGAAAGGUGCUAAUCAACGUGGCCGUCGUUUACUUGGAAAAUAAGAUUGAUUUUCAACUUUUAAUCAUUGUUUUGUAAUACUGUAAUGGAUCCAUCAUUUGGGUUUAAGACACACACCUUUAGGUUACACUAGCUGAAUUAGCCAGUGAUUAAAUUCGCACUUUGUGCAAUGCCACUGCUCAUUGAAACAACAACUACCAAGAAAAAAUGCCCUUGAUAUACCAAAGUCAUUUUUCCUCUCUCAUUAUUGAUAUUAACGAUAAGGCAAAAAUUUUAUUUCUGCAA